CAAGGUAUCUACUGAAUACUGAUUGUGAUUUCUAAUUUUCCAAUAACUAGGCGUAGUGUUUGUAAUUCUAAUUUCAUGAAUUAUGCUAUAAUAUUGCUGUUAAUCUUUAAUUUCUUUAGUAUGUUUAGAUUUUAAAACCUUGUAAACAGAAAACAGAUAUUUGAAGAUUAACAAGAUAAUAUAAGUAACUAUACAACAGAAGAUGUAUGCAGUGGAGAAAAAAUUCGAAAUCGAGAUGAAGUUGAAGAGGGAAAUGACUAAUAUCCAAGAGCUUAAAGCGGCUGCAAAGAGAAGCUCAUCUCUUGCAAGUGAUGUCUGUAAUGUGCUGGGUGCAUGCGAGCAGAGAUUGCAGCAACUAGAGACAGCAGUCCUGCCUCUAUAUGGUGACACUGCAAGGCUACAGCAAAUACAUCAUAAUAUGGAACACACAGUUACAGCUUUGGAUCAUGUAAUUAAUUACUAUAUGGUGUCCAGAGAUCUAGCUGAUAUCAUACAAGCAGGUCCUCAUGUAGGUUCCACGGAUUCUUUGAACAUAUAUCUUGAGGCUUUAGAUAAGUUGGCAGAGGCUCAAAAUUAUUUCAACAAAAACAAUCCACAAAGUGUUGAACUAGAAAAUAUUAAUCAACUUUAUAAUGCUGGAGUUUUAAAAUUAGAGAAUGCAUUUGAAGAGCUCCUCAGUCGUAAUACUCGACCAUUGUCACCAACUUCUCUUAUGGAUAUGAUUGCCCUAGAGGAAGAUUCAAGUGUUGAUAGUGUCAGUGUGAGUGGUGGUAAUUCGACAUCGAGUAUAGCUCUGGAAACAAUGCGCGCCGCUGCAGCCUGGCUCAGCGCCGCCGGCAGGCCUCCAGCCGGGCCGCUGCUCGCUAUACGGGGGCCGGCCGCUUUGAACUCGCUCAUAGCUUUUAAAGAUUAUCUCAGAUCGAGGUCGAUGGCCGCCUCGCCCCUGAUGAGAACGAAAAACAUCCUGCAUCGUACAGAUAGCACUCAGAGAAGAACCAGCAAAAUACAAAAAGUGCUGGAGAAGCGAGCGAUCAAUAUAAUGAUGAAGGCGUCACAGACUCUCGAGCAGUCCACCGGACUCGCCAUCGGCCCGCGACGGUCCAUCAACGACUCCUGUAAGUGCCUUAGCGCCCGAGAUGCGCCCCGUGCCCGCGCGCGACUGACGCAGUAUCCGCUCCCCGCAGACUCGGAGGAGGGCAGCGACGCGGUGGACGAGCGCGAGGCGGAGGCGGCGGGGUCGCUGGCCGCCGCGCUGUGCCGCGUGGCGCGCCGCGAGCAGCGCCACGCGCUCGGCCUCGUGCCGCUGCCGCGCCUCGCCGCGCUGCUCGCCGCGCUGCUCAAGGACUGCCUCGCGCUGCUCGCCGCCGAGGUGGAGCGCGUGUGCCUGCGCAGCCGCAAGGCCGCGGCGCGCUGCAACGCGGGCGCGGCGGCGUGCUGGGCGCUGGCGGCGCGCCUGCAGCGCCUGCAGCCCGACAUGCAGCGCGCGCUGCACCCCGCGUCGCCCGCGCCCUACGCCGCGCUGCUCAACAGCUGCACCCACCACUGCGUGCGUUCGCUGGAGGAGUGGGUGGAGGGCGUGCGCGGCGACAGCGCGGCGGGCGCGGUGGACGGCACGGUGCACCAGCUGGCGGCGGCGGCGCUGGCCUACUGCCACGCGCUGGCGGCGCACAUGCACGUGAUCGGUCCGGCGCUGGCGACGGAGGCGUGGUACGCGCGCGCGGCGUCGGCGCUGACGGCGUCGGAUCGGAACGCGCUCAUGCUGGCGCUCUACAUGCGUAAAGUGUUGGCUCAAUUGAAUUUAUCAUUGAGGAACAAAAGCGAGCAGUAUCCGGACGCGCUGAAAGCGAUAUUCCUUCUUAACAACACUUUGUAUUUAUUACAGGGUUUACAGCGUAGUGGGCUCCUAGAUAUUUUGAUGUUGGCGGAACCAGAGUGCGAAGCAAACUAUCGCGAUAUGAUACAGGAUUACAAGAAUUCGUAUAUACAAAGCUGGAACAAACUGCUAUCUCACCUGGUGCUAGACGAGCCUCUGCCGGCCAAGCUGAGGGACAAGGACAGGCAAAUGCUGAAGGAUAAGUUUUCCGCCUUCAACCGCGAGUGGGAGGACAGCACGCGCGCGCAGCGCAGCUACAGCGUGCCCGACGCCGAGCUGCGCGAGGCGCUCAAGCGCGCCAACAAGCAGGCGCUGCUGCCGCCCUACGGCGCCCUGCACGCGCGCGCCGCCGCCGCCGCCUUCAGCAAGAACCCCGACAAGUACCUCAAGUACACGCCGCUGCAGAUCGCGGCCCAGCUGGACGGGUACUUCGACGAGGCUGCGUAGUGACCGCCGACGGACGGGAGAGUAUUUCGUGAAUACUCGAGGGAUAUAUUUAUUAUUUACUUAGACCGUAGGUGCUCAUAGAUUGUAUAUUGUGUUAAUCAAUAAAAGACGUCUUUGAUUA